GGAGAGAAAAACGAAAACGGGGAAAGAUUCGCAAAUCUGUGUGCAUUCAACAAAUUGGUCAUAGGCGGCACAAUAUUUCCACACAAACGUAUACACAAAGCUACAUGGAUCUCACCGGACCACAUCACAGAGAACCAGAUAGAUCAUAUUUGCAUCAAUAAAAAGUUCCGAAGGACAAUGGAAGAUGUGAGAAUCAGGAGAGGAGCGGAUAUAGCUUCAGAUCACCACCUGGUUGUGGCCAAUUUAAAACUGAAGCUAAAGAAGAACUGGACAACUGGAAAAACAGCGCUGCAAAGGUUCAAUACAGCCUUCCUUCGAGAUACUGACAAACUCAAUGAAUUUAAGAUAGCUCUCAACAACAGGUUCCAAGCCCUACAGGAUGCUGGCUUCAUCACAAGAAUUGUCAUUUUGUUAAACAAUAAAUAUUUCAAUAUUCCUUAAAACUGUGAUUUAAUAGUUAGAAUACUCACCUUUCAACCAACAGUUCAUAAGUUUGAACCGUGAUUUACGUACUCAGGUUGCAUCGCAGCCCUUUACACAGUGCCUGUGACCCGUGUUCGCAUGCAUGAACCUUUGUUUAAAGAAUCAGUUACACUAAACUAAAUAAUCCUUCUAAUCUUCACUGCUCCAUCUCGUAACAUACGUUCAUUAUGGUAAUCAAUUAUUACCUAAGUGUUUGAACGCUCUACACGAUAGUUAUUUCUUCAGUCAGAAUGAGUUUAUCUAAAGCCUGUCCAAACUUUCAAUGUUCUGCUUAAAAAUACCUUAAUUAUUCGUUAUUAAACAGGUAAAUUAAGUUUAAUCACGUCUUACUGGUAGGUUUGCAGUGACAUCUAUUAGUUUAUUAUUGCUUUUUUCUGGAAGCCUUAACUAUUCAAUUUAAGAAAUAAACAGUUUUAUCUAUGUGUUGAUGGAUUUUUUGACUAGAAUUCUAGUUUGGUCACUAUCGCCUAUUCUAAGAGUUUCUGUGUCAAUCGAUGGCAUUCAUCAAGGAUUCGCCGAACCAGCUAAUUCACUUGAAAGUGGUAAUUCAACACCUUUAUAUGUACUUCCAUGGAAUACAUCUCAGUGGUCAACCAAUCCGUAUUCAUUUCACGUGAUUGAAGUCACAGCUAGGGACGUCAACAAUAAUCAGCGUACAGUUGUUCAGUCGUUCAGUCUUCGAAAUCGUGCUGUUUUUCCUAUUGGGUUUCUAUCGAAAUUUUUGGUUGCCAAUAGUAUGUCAGUUUCUGUUUCUGCACUUUAUUAUACUUUAUGGAUAACAGUAUUCACGUUUUUGAUAUCACCGCUUUUAAUUCGUCGUCCGAACUUACUUGUACAUCUGUUCCGUACAAGACUCGGUAGAGGUAUGUAUCAUAUAUCGUCAACCAAAAAACUAUUGUUUCCUGUCUUGGUGUUUAUGGUGUAUCAGGUUUCAUGUCCACUUUUCAUGGGUUAUCUAGUAGCUGAUAAAUUUGGCUUUGUUUUCUCAUUUGGUAUUUAUAUUGACGGUAUUUACAUACCAGAAAGACUGACUUAUGUGCUUGCAGAAAGUCAGCUAUUUGCGUUUGGGUUAUAUCUGUUGUUGUUUACUUAUCAUUGUGGUAAUCAACAAUAUGAUUCAAUUUAUCCACUGAAUAGUGGUGCGCCGUCGGAGCAAUAUUCAAACAGUGUUUAUGAAGAUGAUAUUCACUCGAAUGCAUUGUGCAUCCGUUUACCAAAAUUUUGCUCUUCACCUUCUUUGCUUGUCAUAACAGUGAUUUACAUAUCGCUUCAGUUAGGGUCUAAUUUUAUUUUUAUUUGGCUACCCUAUGGUUUUGUAGUGGGUCUCUUAAGUCCGGGACUUGUAAUCCCUGUAUGCGUUGCAUGUAUUUUAUAUAUCUAUUAUCCACGACCUAAUCAUGUGAAACUUUGUAUUCAAUAAAUGUUCAUUUCUUUUUUCAUUUUAUACUGUUUAAACGUUUGUUUUAUUUGAUUUGAUAUCUUUUUACUUCUGUGUGCUCAUUCAUUGAUGAUAUAUCAUUUUUGUUCUCGUAGUUAACCGAACACAUGUUUUACCAUAACUGUGAUAAACAUAUCUGCAUUAUUUAUUGUAUUAUUGUUU